UCUUGAUGCUUACCUUUUUUUUUAUUUUUAUUUUUAUUUUUUGCAUGAUUUCAUAGGUACUAAUUACCUCGAUGACUGAAAUUUAUUCGUGGAUGACAUUUCUUUUCAGCUGUGGAGAGGAUCAACUUGGAUUGACAGCAGCAUCGCAAGUUCUGUUCAUCUAUCAUUUCAGCCUACAUUUGUUCGUGGAACAACGACUGUACAUACUCUCUUUCACUUCAUUUUUUAAUACUUUCAGUCUAAGGACUCUUUUCUUUCUGGUUGUUUGUAUUUUUUUUUUUCCCUUUCCAAAUUGGUUGUUUUUUAUUAUUAUUACUAUUAUUAUUUUACCUGUUUUUAUAGCCUGCCUGUGUUUCUAUACCAUGAAAUGCCAUUCGCAUGUCAAAUAUUCUAAAAUUCACUUCUGUUUUGUCUAUUGAAAACCGUGUCGUAUGGGCCAAAUACCACUUGACGUUAAAUGGAAUAUUCAUAGUUGCCCUCCGAUUCGUUCUCAUAGAGGUGGUUGUGGUACUUCAUGGUGUAUCUAGAUUGAAGCAGUGGAUUAUUAAACAUUUCAAUAAUUUAGGAGAAAGAGAAACAAACUACGUUUUGUCCAAAACGCUCUUUCACAUUUUUCCUUCACGACAUGUUCACACCUUGUACACUAGACCACGUUGAUGAAUAAAAAUAAAUGCUUUUGUU